AUGGACACGGACACUUUCUACGUCGACGAGGACGUCGGUCGCGACGAUGACUCUGCCACCGGCUCUGAAGCCGCUCCCUACAAAUCUCUCCUCUUCGCCAUGGUCCAGCACCCGAAAGCGACAUAUAAAACUAGAAAGUCAGAAACGGCCCCUGCCGACGCAAGUGCUGAUCCAGCCUCGCGGCUAGAGUGGAAACCGGCAGCAAAAUCUGCUCUGAAGAAAGCCACCAACCUUUACGAGCAGCAUCGAAAGAAACAGGCAAAGGCAGCCGAAUUGGCCAUUCGGGAACAGCAAGAAGCCGAGAGACGAAAGCGAGUGCUCGAAGAGGCCAAGAAAGUGGUCAUCGAAGAAGAUCCAAGCUUGCCGGCACCCGUCAAGAUCAAGCUCAACACCGUCGAUCCUGCCAAAAUCAAGCUAGGUACAGCAGACUCCAAAGGCACCCGUGUCCGAGUUGUAGGUCGAGUUCACCAUCUACGAUCGCAGAAGGACAUCAUCUUCAUCACCCUCAAAGAUGGCAAGGGUCUGAUGCAAUGUCUAUUCUCGGGCAACUUGAUCAAGACCUACGCAGCCAUGACUCUGACUCUCGAGACCUCGCUCGAAAUCCGGGGUGAAUUGAAGUCGCUUCCUCCGGGAGCCCACGCCCCUCUCGAUCGCGAGCUCCAUGCUGAUUUCUUUACCGUGAUCGGAACGGCCGUCGGUGACAAAGAAGCCAUUACCAAUAAAGUGCAAGAAGAUGGCGACGUCCAGAAGCUGCUCGAUAACCGCCAUCUCACACUGCGUGGAGAUAUCUCGUCAAGCGUCAUGAAAGUCCGGGCAGCCGUCGAAAUGGCCUUUAUCAAGACGUACGAGGAAGUGGAAUUUACAAAAGUAUCCCCUCCAGCUAUGGUUCAAACGCAAGUCGAGGGUGGUGCCACUCUCUUUGAAUUCAACUACUACGGCGAAAAGGCUUACCUCACCCAAUCCUCCCAACUGUACCUGGAAACCUGUCUUCCUGGCCUCGGGGACGUGUAUUGCAUCGAAAAGUCCUUCCGCGCCGAGAAAUCCCUCACGCGUCGCCAUCUGAGCGAGUAUACCCAUGUGGAAGCUGAACUCGACUUCAUUACCUUCGAUGACCUGCUCAACCACAUUGAGCACAUGGUCUGCAGGGUCAUUGAAAUCACUCUCUCGGACCCCGUUGUCGCCAAAUACAUCUACGACCUCAACCCAGACUUCAAGCCCCCCUCGCGCCCCUUCAAGCGCAUGAAGUACUCGGAAGCCAUUACCUGGCUGGUCGAGCACGAGAUCCCCAACGAAGAGGGCAAACCGCACACCUUUGGCGACGACAUCGCCGAAGCCGCCGAGCGGAGAAUGACAGAUAUCCUCAACGUGCCCAUCUUCCUGACCCACUUCCCCACCGAGAUCAAGGCCUUUUACAUGCAAAAGGACCCGUCGGACCCGCGCGUCACCGAGAGCGUCGACGUCCUCAUGCCCGGCGUCGGCGAGAUCGUCGGUGGCAGUAUGAGGAUCUGGGACUACGAGGAGCUGAUCGCCGCGUACAAGCGCGAGGGCAUCGACCCCGAACCUUACUACUGGUACACCGACCAGCGGCGCUACGGUACCACUCCACACGGCGGCUACGGCUUAGGCCUCGAGCGCUUUCUAGCCUGGAUGUGUGGCCGCUGGACCGUCAGGGAGUGUUGUCUCUACCCGAGGUUUGCCUAUCGUUGCAAGCCAUAG